CCUGCGACGCGGUGGUAUGCGGCGGAUGGACACACCACAACACGGACAACACCACUACGAAGGGAUCGCGACGCGGUGACGCCAACGACGCGUCGGGUAACUGUGCAUGGUUGUGGUCGUUUUGAUAUGUUGUCUAAGCGCUCCUCGAUAAUUGGAUCACCGCGCCAGCUACUACGGAGAGUCGGCUGCUGUCCGCAGUACUUCGUGCAGCAGUGACUUGCCGGGAAGCCACUUAACUGAGCGGCAGGGGCUCUGCUCGUCUCCGCGGUCUUCAGAUAAAACCACCGAAGCAGCCGACGACAUCCGAGGCCGGCUACGAUGGAGGCGAGGAUCAAAGAAGCGUUGAAAACGAAGAAACUCCGCGCUACCGGCCGCGGAGGCAGCGGCUGCAUCAACGAAGGCGAGGCGUACGAAACCGACGAUGGCGAAGUGUUUAUUAAGAGAAACUCCAAGCCGCAGGCACGUACGAUGUUCGAUGGCGAGUUCGCAGCCUUGAAGGCUAUACUAGAGACGGAGACCGUGAAAGUCCCGAAGCCGUAUGUCGUGGUUGACAACCCUUCCGGCGGUGCGGCCCUGGUUAUGGAGAGCGUGCGGAUGCGCCAAUUGAACCGCCACUCGGAGCUCCUGGGCAAGCAGCUGGCAAGCAUGCAUUUGCACAACAGCCGCAAACGGGACGAGGGAAGCUCGGUGCACGGCGCCCGGAACGAGUCUGGCUACGUGGACCAGUUUGGCUUUGAUGUCACCACCUGCUGUGGGUACCUGCCGUUGGAUAAUAGCUGGCACGAUGACUGGGUGGAAUUCUUUUGCCGGCAGCGCAUUGAUGCCCAGGUGCGAAUGGCUCAGGAGAAGUACCACGACCGCGAGGCACCGGAACUGUGGUCUAUGCUGGUUCACAAAGUGCCGUCAUUCUUUGAGGGCCUGGAAAUUGAGCCUGCCCUCAUUCACGGCGACCUCUGGGGCGGCAAUGUGGCCGAAUACGAGGACGGUCCGAUUAUAUUUGAUCCAGCAUCGUAUUACGGGCACGCAGAGUUUGAGCUGUCCAUAGCGAAACUGUUCGGGGGCUUCGAUGGCAAAUUCUACUCGGCGUACUUCAAGGUUAUACCCAAGGCGGCGGGCUUUGAGAAGAGGCUCGACUUCUACCACCUCUUCCACUACCUCAACCACUGGAACCAUUUUGGUGGCGGAUACCGCAGCUCUUCUUAUCCACGAUGAGGCGCCUCCUGAAAUAAGACCGUGGCAGCGCUCUACGCCAAGGCGUCACAGGCAAUGCCUCUCGCCGUCGCUGUCAUUGUUGCCGCUGAUGUUGUUGCUGUUGUGACUGUCGCAUUGUUGUCGGCCUACGUUGUGCCAAUGUUUGUUGAAUGUUGCUAUACCAGUGUCUUUCCGGUGGAUGCGCCACAACUGUACGAACGACUCUGGGUGGCACGCUAAAAAAACUGAAACUGUAGCAAAGAGUAUGCGGACCAAGCAAGGAAGGAAUGACGCAGCUUAAAUCUUGCACGCUUGCCAGCUUAUACAGAUUUUUUGUAAAACAUGCGCUCUUUAGGGAGCUUGGUUACGAUUGUCAUAACGACAUUAUAAAAAUUGAAAAGUGUUUUGUAUGUGCUCACGUGAAAAAUACAAAUUUCAAAAGAUUGCAAGUACCGCUGCUGAUUUUUCAGACCUGCUUAGUCAUUCAGACCUACCCGCAUCAACAUCCACUUCGUAGAAACAAUGUGUAUUGGUUACUAAGCUUUUUGGCCAUUGUCACCAUCGCCACACCAAUUAAUCCCGUUAUUCUGAGACAGCAUAGUGAUGCCCGUUUUUGGCAACUACGAGUGCACUGUCUCUAUAGAACAAAGCCUGAAUUCUUUAAACAAACAGUCAACAUCUUGAGCAACAAAAUGGUAUGUUCUGUAAUCUUUCACAAAAUUUUAAUAAACUCCUUUACUUUUCGCACAACUAUUCCAAACCUUACAGUUGGCAAGUGUCCUCGUACUUUUACAUGCCGUCGCAAGACAUAAUAUAAAAGGUGGAAAAGUAGUUUAGUUUCCAAUUUCUGUGAAACAAUUAUUGAUAUGUUUACCUUUCAAUGUGUAUUUAGUUUGUAUGUGUGUGCAGGAGGUGGCAACACACAGAAAAAGGAAGGUGGCAUAAAUGGUGUAUACUGAGGGUAUACUGAGUCAUGCAGACUUGUUUUUCACAUUUCAAAAUUCCUUCGUGCUUAUUAAUGGCCUGUUAAUGCUCAGAUAUUGCACGUAUGUCUAUGUUUCAUAGUCCCUUUUGUUUUUCAAUAACUUUGUUUUUCUGGAGACCCCCUUUAUAGCACCUUUCAUAGUGAGGCACUAAGAUGUGCAGCCUAGUGUAAUAUUUAUGUUUAUGAGUGGCUGCACAGUAAGAACAAUGUGGGUUGCCUAACAGUAACUGCUUGUUGGUAGGAAUAAAAAAAGAAAAGAUUAUCAGUUCAUCGCACAUUAUGCCAUUGGAUUAUACACCACAGCUCUUGCAUCUACUGUUGUCAUUCCCCUUGGGGAAUUCGACAGUGAAACAAAUUUUUUAUGAUUUCUUUCGAACUUUCGAUUAGACGUACCACAUCGCCCAAGAUGCUGUGUAUGCUAGUGAGCAUUGACUGAUAGCAUCACCUCAAGGAGCGUUAGACGGCAGUUUCAAGACACUGUUUUUUUCUGGCCGGAAAUCAUUCCCGACCAUGUAUUCCCAAUCAUUCUUGACCAUUCCCAACCUGGCAAGCGGUAAUGAAGCUAUGCAAUUAAAGCACAAUUGCAUUUUUUUUCGUUCAGGUGUAGUAAUUUUGGGACAAAGGGAGAUGAAAGCAAGUGGAAGAAACAACUUGCCACCGGUGAGAUAUGACCCCGCAACCUCCACAUUACGUGUGCUGUGCACUUCCGAUUGUGCUGCGGCGGUGGCCGUUCUUUCAUCCACUUUUUUGGGCGUUCAUGCAUAUGCGUAACCCUGGGAGUGUUAACUAGCACCGCUCGGUGCUAUUGGCAUUGAAUGUGGAACAUUCUUUUUGCCAGAUGGCAUCAUGCGAUGCAUGAACUUCAUAACUUACUAUAUAUGUACCAGUAUACCCGUAUCGCACAAGCACUUUUGAUUGCAAUCAAGGCCAAUCCAGACUCAGCUGGAUCAGGAGCUGCUACAUGGUCACUUCUAAUAGCGAUCAGGCCCGAUCAGGAAUAAGACGAUCGCAACCUGCCUAUCAUGAUCUUGCUCCAAGAUCACAAUUCGGCCGACGUCUGUGCCAAACUCAAUAUGGAUUACGUUGCACGGUAUAGAAGCGAUCAUUGACGAUGGAGAUCAAGAAAUCCGAUCGAAUUGCCCCUGACCACAAUUAAAAGUGCCUGCGUGACACCGGUUUGUAUGGUGCCUAAGUGGUUGUGAAAGUUUCAUCGCUUGUGGCAUCACUUCUGAGCAUUAAGUUUUCAUGUGCAGACCUUUUCUCGCAUCAGCGCGGCAUACCUCAUCUUUCUUUUGUGCAUGUUGUUCAGUGCAUUUUAGUCCUGAACUCUUGAUAAACACUAACACUAUUGGCCCUCCCUCAGGCAAGUGUUUAGAGAAGAAAGUUAUUGUUGCUUCAUAGGGUGUUGGUGGUACUUUGGGGCUUACCGCGAUGAGAACCGUGCCCUGUGUAUCAAUUUCGUCUUGCUGUUGGUACAGCCAGCAUGCAUUGUGUGGUCGUGGAAUGUUUUUGAUCUCAAACGAGUGAUCAGUUGAGGAUUCGGACAGAGGUGCAUCUGCAUGGUUGUGUGUCUGCAUUCCACUUUAAGAUGCCUUCGAGUUUGGUGUUGCAGAGCAGCUGUCCAUGCUGUUAACACUGAAGUUGAUGUUGUCAGUUGUGAUUGUAGCUUUUGUUUGUUGAGCUGUUACCAGUCAUUUCGCCGACUAAUAUUUGUAAAGAUUGUUGUGUCCGAUUACCCGGUGGUCGUUAUAACUUGUACACGGUUUAA